GGAACCAGAGAGUUGCAACCACAGAGUUGGAACCACACGCAAGCCCUCGACGGGGCGCCCAGGACUCGGAGGCUCCCCAACGUGCCGAGAGUCGACCUGAUACUGUGAGGAAAGGCGCAGGUGGCGGCCAGGCGGGGAGAAGCGGGCCGCACCGCAAAUUGGGUCAGGCACACACGAGGGCAGCUCUCUAAGGCCAUCCCAGAGGCCCCCGCGCCGCCGGGGUCCUAACAGGCAACACCGCCUUCCGCCGCACGUGGCUGCAGCGAGAUGCCCAAAUCCAAGCGCGACAAGAAAGUUUCCUUAACCAAAACUGCCAAGAAAGGCUUGGAACUGAAACAGAACCUGAUAGAAGAGCUGCGGAAAUGUGUGGACACGUACAAGUACCUCUUCAUCUUCUCCGUGGCCAAUGUGAGGAACAGCAAGCUGAAGGACAUCCGGAAUGCCUGGAAGCACAGCCGGAUGUUCUUUGGCAAAAACAAAGUGAUGAUGGUGGCCUUAGGUCGAAGCCCGGCUGACGAGUACAAAGACAACCUGCAUCAGGUCAGCAAGAAGUUGAGGGGUGAAGUUGGUCUCCUUUUCACCAAUCGCACUAAGGAGGAAGUGAAUGAGUGGUUCACGAAAUACACAGAAAUGGACUACGCCCGCGCUGGAAACAAAGCAACUUUCACCGUGAGCCUGGACCCAGGGCCCCUGGAGCAGUUCCCCCACUCCAUGGAGCCACAGCUGAGGCAGCUGGGCCUGCCCACCGCCCUCAAGAGAGGCGUGGUGACCCUGCUGUCUGACUAUGAGGUAUGCAAGGAGGGUGACGUGCUGACCCCAGAGCAGGCCCGCGUCCUGAAGCUUUUCGGAUAUGAGAUGGCGGAAUUCAAGGUGACCAUCAAAUACAUGUGGGAUGCACAGUCCGGAAGGUUCCAACAGAUGGGAGAUGACUUGCCAGAGAGCGCCCCCGAGUCGGAAGCAGAGUCAGAGGAGACCGAUGAUGACUGACGGGUGCUCCGGACUGAGGGCCUCCCAGCCCGUCCCAGGUCUCAUCUUGACUGGGACACACGGGACUGCCACCACCCCUCGUGGGGGACCAGCUGUUUAUUUUGCUCUGGAAGAAGACAAGGGGCGAAAGGGACAGACUCUUCUAUAAAGAAUAAAACUUGGUCUGCAGGGUGUCUCCCUGUAGACUGCAAAAGGGACUUUUUUCAGAAAAAAGGCCUUUGGAUUUGGGCUUUUGUUUGGAUCCCUAAGGCGCCCUUUGUUCACCUCACGAGCCAGCUUCCAGCACUGGUUCCUGCAUGACCCCCGUGGCCGUGCAGCUCUAGGGACAGGAGAGCAGCCACCAGGGCUUCUGUCCCCUGCAGGGCCGUCCAUGCACACACAAAAAAGGAAGCAUGCUGGAAAUGGUAAAUGUGGGUAAAUACAAGACUUUUUCUCAGUUUUGACCUUUUAAUAAAAGGUCAGGAUGGCUCAGCUUAAAAAAAAAAAAAAAAGGUCAUUGAGUUUUUAUAAAGUUAAACAUUACCAUAUGAGUCAGCAAAAACCACACCAGGGAACCUAGACACAAAAAUCCUUUAGCAAUUCAAAUACAGUAGUAUAUGAAAAGAAUGAUAAAUACAGCAUGACUCUGGGUUGCAUACCAGGAAUACUGGAUGACUUUAUAGUUGAAAAUCAGUCGAUAUAAUUGACUAUACUAACAGACCAGAAAAUAAAAUCCAGGUAAUCAUCUUAA